AUGGCGCUUCUCAGUCCGACCUUCGCCCUCGGUGUCUUUGUCCUCCUCUAUCUCUCCUCCUUCGUCCUCUUCGCCGUUCUUCGAAUCGUCACCGGCAUAUCGAUCCAGCGGAUAGGCUACUUCUCCCUCAGGCGCCUUGCGUACUCACCUAGAGAUGGAAUCAGGAUCGAGAUUCGCGGCCUGGGGCUCAACAUUCAUCGUCCGACUUUUGCGCAACCCACGUGGCUGAGCAUUGUUCUCAGCGACCUGACCGUUACCGCCGAUAUUAAGAAGCUCGAAGAGCGGAAGCCUGCCACGGACGAGACGCCACAAAAUCAAGCCAAAGCUAGAGCCGAGACUGAGACGUGGUCGCGCCUCCAAAAGCUCAAAGAGAAAGUGAAAAAGUUGCACCACAGCGUGAAAUGGCUGCGCUUGGUGGAUGUCGUUGUGACUAACUCGGUCAUUAACGUGGUCGAUGUGGGCAGCCUUCAGGUUGGAAGCUUGACGCUUGCCGUGGAUACGAGACACAAAAUGGCCGAUCGAGCUCGAUUCUUCUUCCACCGAUCCGACUCUUCAAAGGAACACGCCGAGGCCGAAUGGAUAUUGACCGUCCGGAGUGUCUUUUUCGCAGUGGAUGGCAAGGAAUCCCUCCAGAUUCUCGACCAUGCAUUGCUAAAUGUGCACGGAUAUCUCUAUCCGACACAGGAGGGCCUCCGGGAUGCGACUGUUGCCUUGAAGCUCGGCAGAGUCCAGAUUCCGUACGACGAGUUGCACCACUGUGCAACCAAGUUCAAGCUGUCUCGCAAGAAGCCAAAGGUUGCCAACUUGGAUGACCCCGUCGACAUCUUUGUUAGUAAAGUGCAAGAUGGAACCGCUAGCAGUGCAAAUGAGCACUUGAUGAAAACUGUUUCAGACUCGAAGGAGUUCUUCAGCUCCAUCUUGCGAGGCAUCAAAGAAAUUCAGUUUGCCGUUAGCUUUGUCGGCCUCGUCAAAAAGGUUGAGUCUGUCAACCCUUGUGCGAAACCCGUCCAUCUCACUGCUUCCAUGAAGGAAGUUGGCAUCGACCUGCAUCGCCUAGAUCCAAAGUCACCAGCACAUCGCAUGUACUUCCCGUCCACAGACAUUGCCCACGAAGCGUUGGUGGCCGCUCUCUCCAUUUCUGUCGGCAUGGACGAUGGCCUCGGUAAACCGCAGCGAAUUGUGUACAUUCCCAUGGCUACCACGACGGUCAGAACCACCUUGCCUUCCAAGACCAUCCAGCUAUCUCAGGUGGAUGACUUUGAGGACAAGAAUGCGAAUAUUCUGUUCGCCAACUCUGUGGUCACCUCCCCAUCUAUCGAUCUUGAUCCAAGACACCUGCCUCUCUUGAUAGCAAUGAUGCGGUCUAGACCAAAGCCUCCAAAGACGGAACAAAGGCAGCAGCAGAAAUAUCUCUUUUCCCGACUGCUUCCCAAGGCGAGUAUUAAGUUUACUAUGCACGAGCCUGUUCUCCGCAUCAAGCUCAAGCCUCUCGGCAAGACAGAGGACCCAGAUGAUUACGGUCUCAUCAUUUCAUCAAUCUCAUCUGUUGCUCUUGACGUUGAAUCAUCUCAUUCACCGCUUGAAGACUUGCACUAUUCUCUGGAUGGAGCAAUGCGGCUGCAAUCCCACCACCUAUACUACCAAGCUGUGUCUGGCGAGAGGUUCGACUUGAUAACAACCGAGUCUUUCGACCUGAAAGUCCACUUGGCAGCCAACCCCGAAGUUUCUGUCGAUGCCACGAGCAACAUCCAAUCGUUCUCAGUCAGCAUGGUGCGGCCGGAAAUCACAGAUGGCGUUCGUCAGAUUGUACGCCAGCUACGCACCGAUGUUGAGCCAACAAAGCGAGCCAAGCCCAAGUCAAGAAGGCAUCCCAACUUCCUGAGAUCGGUCCCCGAAUGGCUUUUCCGUUAUCAAAUCGCGGCGAAUGAUGUCAACAUUGAGAUUGCCGGUGUAGAUGAACAAAUUUCCGAUGAUAGUAAAGGCAUAUCUCUGCACCUUGACGGCAUGUCGGCGGAGUAUCGUGCUCAAAGACUGGACGGCUUGCAGAGACGGAUGCUCAGGAGACGAACUCACAGCCGAUCCCUCACUCAGUCAGACUCUGAUUUCGCAUCUACAAGUCCGACAAGGUCGAGAAAGAAGCCCCAGAAUAUCGGCGAUGGUCGUCGUCUGGUGUUCAAUGCCAGAGGUAUUGAGGCUCAAAUCAUCGAAACCGCUGAGCAGCUUGAGCUUGAGCCUUUCAUCAACGUGCCGCGUCUUGAAUUUUCACUCUCUGCUUCAAGCGAUAAUCAUGGCCCGUUGUUUCACAUUCAAUCCUCGAUUCGUUCCAUCAUGGUUCAGUAUUCACUCUACCGACACUAUGCCGUGGGUGUUGCUAUGAAGACUGUGAGACAGGCCUUCAUGAGAACCAGUGGUGACGCGCCAAGAGCUUCACAGCAAGGUACACCAAAGUCGGAUCUUCUAGUCCCUCCUACCACCUCUGGAUUUUCUCCUGCAGAUUCGGCUUCCACAAUCACAGACUCCGUAGUCGUUGACGUGAAAGUUGCUCUGAUUCAGGUGAAGGCGGAGAUGCCACAUGACCCAAUGAUAAUGCUUCACAUCUAUAGUGUGGAUGCUGGACGUCAGAGAUGGUCCACGCCGUAUUUGUCGUCCAAGCUAAUACGCUUGUACGUUGCAUCUCCACGUAUGCGCAAUAUAUGGUCGCGAAUGGUUAGCAUAAAAAAUGGACGCCUUGACUUGCGAGAGUCCAAGCACAAGUCGAACCAAGGAGACACUAAGGAAGAGAAGCUCAUCGACGUCUCUACUGAGGCGAUUCGGAUCGGUAUUCCGCACGAGGUCAUUGUUCACCGUAUUACCGAUAACAUUAUCAACGUGAUUAAAGCGGUGCAGCAGCUGCAGCAUCGCUUCAAAACGGGCACAAACGAGUACAUCCUAGAGAAGAAGCCCGAAGGACCCAAAUCCGUCCCGAAAAUAUCCAUUCGAUCGCGAAAUUUCCUUUUCGAGAUGGAGGAUGGCGCAUUCGAAUGGAAAUUGGGCAUGAUCUACCGGGCAGGGCGUAUGGAACAGAUACAGAGGGCUACCAGAGAAGAGGCAUUCCGCAUCAAGCUAAAUCGGGUGCGGGAAGAAGAACUGAAGCGGGGGAAUAAUGGCAAGAAUCGUUCUCGAUCUGCUUUCCCACGUGGAAGGACAGAAAAUUCCUCAUCUGCGUGGUUCCGUAGCCGAAGCUCCGAUGCAACGAAGCAAGACGAACGCAGUCGCGAGGGUCGACCCAGCGCCAUGCCGAGAUAUAACCCUGAAAACGAGACCCUGGGCAUCAACGGAAAUGCAAAAGUUUCAGUGGAGGAGGCACGCCUCCAUUUGGACAUGUUCAAUGCUCAGUCAUGGAAAAAGAGGAUUGAUCGGGCUUAUCAGGUAUCUCGAGAUGGUGUCAAGGAGCUGCGCGGUCUAUUCUGGGGACAGAACGAGAUGCCGAGCGACGUUGAAGAGACGGAAAACAUCUUGGAGGUCGCCCCCAGACCGGCGUUGAUGGCCACUUACAUUUCCAACCUCCACAUUGCCGUUGACAAGCCAACGUUCCCCCUUGAGGAUCUCCCUGACUUCAUUUACAAGGUCGGCAAAGGUAUGCCCAAAGAUAUGCAAUACAGCCUCUUGGUGCCGAUGCAUAUCUCCAUCGAUAUGGGUGAAGCACGCUGCUCGCUACGCGACUACCCCCUGCCGCUGCUACACAUCCCGGGGCUGAAAGCUGGACAGUCUUCUAGGCUGCAAGCUGUCUCUUUGAGAACGAACUUUGUCUUGGCCGAAGAGUUUAGAGGACUGGAGUCUUCACGACGAGUUCCAGUGAAUAUUAUUCCUCCCAAGAGCUCGGAUCCGGGUGCAUCUAAAGAGGGAUGCUUUGCGAUUGAAGUGAGGCGGACCAUUGGCCCUGUCAAAUCUUUCUCGGAUGUCUACAUGGAUAUCAACACAUCUCUUCCCACAAGGAUUACAUGGGGUCCCUGCUACCAACCGGCAAUUCAGGAUAUGAUGAUGGUCGUUGAAUCAUUUACCAAGCCGCAGAUUGAUCCGUCUGAACGGGUUGGGUUCUGGGAUAAGCUUCGACUUAAUUUCCAUUCGCGCAUCCAUGUUGCCUGGAAAGAAGACGGCGAUAUGCAUUUUGCCAUGAAGGGCACACGCGACCCAUAUCAGGUAACUGGACAUGGCGCAGGCUUCAUCAUGUGCUGGCGAAACGACAUUAAAUGGAAUAUUAAUGCAGAGGAUAACCCCAAAAAGUUCAUGACGGUGGAUAGCGGCGAGUACAUUCUUGCCAUUCCAGACUACAGCAUGCAGUUUAAGAAAGUCGUCAUGAAGCUGUCCGGAAGAGUACAAUGGCUCGCUGGUCUCGUAUUUGAGCGCGCAAUCGAGGAUGGCAGACGAAGUUUUGACUUCAAACCUCAUUAUGAGGUUGUUCUCAAGAACCCACUCUUUGCUAAGCCUGAUGAGAACGGAUGCCCUUAUGAUGCCAUGCGCGGGUUCAGGAGUCGUCACAUUCACUUGUCAAUUGCGGUACGCGCACCGGCUGAUCGCGAAUGGAUGUCACAGAGCCUUGAGCCUUCGCGGAGUUACAACACGAUCCAUCUUACUCCUCGCUUUUUCACGCACUUCUUCGCUUGGUGGGGACUCUUCAGCGGACCCAUGUCGCUUCCUAUUCGGCAGGGUAGCCUAUUCCCUGGGAGAGAAAAGAAUAGCAAGAAAUUCGGGAGGCACUUGGCGACUGUCAAGUAUAAUCUCCUGUUUGCUCCGCUGUUCCUGAGUCACAUUUACAAGCACAAAGAUGCCGAGGACUACUCUGAAAACGCCGUCUCUGCCACUGGCCUGAAAGUUCGGUUCGACAGCUUCAUGCUUGAUCUUCAUCAGCGCCGAGAAGAGUUCGAUACCAUUGCCAAGACCAAGAAUUCGCCUAGUCGAAUCACGGGAAUCAAGCUCCAUGCAGCACACUUGGAUUUGGCCUGCGCAGAUAUUCGAGCCGUCUCUGCCAGUUUGUAUGGUACCACGACAGAAGCCAUCAAGAAAGGAUCAAUUUCACAUCUCACCCUCGAUCAGGACGAGAAGCCGGAUGUAUCUCGCUUUACGAUUCCCGACGGAGACUACAGCUGGAUUGAUAUGGACGAUUUCGUCGAGCUAGAUUGGAUUCUGCCCACCGAAGCUCAUCCGGAGACCAAGAUUUUGCCUCUUGCCUAUAUCCCUCGAUUAACUUACUUCCGUCAGACCGACAUUGGAGGUAUUAUUGCUGGAGACCCAACGAGAACAAGCCCAUUUGGAAACGAGCCGACACACUUUUGUACCAUGAGUGAAGAAAAUGAUCCAAAGAGUGUACAGGCACAUCUAAUCAAAGAGCGUCUGGCUCAACUCGAUGAACAGAUCCGAGCACACAUCCGACAUGUGGGUGAGGCCGAAUUGAAAGUGAUACGCACCGAUUCCAAAGACCACGAGAUUCUGGAAGACUUUGAUACCCUUCGCCAGCAUUCUAAUGUACUUCGGGACAAGAGAGCAUUCCUUGAAACUAUGCUGGAGCGAAUGAAUAACGGAGUAUCGACUAAUGGCCAUGCAUCAAGCGGAGCGGCGAGCACACAUCGAUCCGAAGGAUCCGUGGACUCCCCGAGUGAUCACAUGGACAUGCCCUCGAUACCCUCCAAUGCUGAGUUUGAAAGCGAAUUUGAGAACCGCUUCGUGAUUCACAAUAUGCAGCUGAAGUGGAACAACCUGUUGCGUAACAUUGUGCUGCGAUAUGUCCACCAGAACGAGCAGACAAAGGCUAGGAUGGGGAAAGCCAUGAAUUCAGAGCCGGCAUCAGCUGCCAACGGGACUCCCACGUCUCCAGAUACUCCGUCUCACGAAAAGGACGCUGCAACAGAUCUCGAAGACCGAAUCAAAGAUUUGGAGAGCGGUAUAUCAGAUGAGUUCAACCCGCAAUGCAGUUAUCAUGUGCGGCUUAUCGCGCCGCAAAUUCAGCUGCAGAGUGAAAAGAACAAGAAGCACGUUGUUUUGGUUACCUCAAAAGGAAUGGAACUAAAAGUGGUGGAAGUCAUGGACAAGUCGCGAAUUUCGGACCAAGUCAGCGGCCUUGUUCAACGCCGAUUCUUGGUCAACAUGGACAGCACUCAGUUCUUCGUCACGCAUCAGAAAUGGUUCCUCACCAACAUGGUAUCCAUGUAUGCGGGCAGCAAGUAUGGAACGCCCACGGGUUCCUCGUGGCCACCAUGGGUACCUAUGGAGGUCAUGUUUGACUUCCGCACCGACCCAUUCGGCUUCAAGCGUGUUGUGCAGAAAACUUCAGCCAUGCUUCGGUAUGACAAGUACAACAAUCUCCGUCUCAAGUAUAACGACGAGGUCAAUAGUGAAAACACAGACGAAACCACCGAAGAACCCACGGAGAAACGUUAUUACGCGGUGUAUGUCAUCGUGCUUGAUCUGCUCAUGUACAGCGAGCCCCUCGAAAAGACGAGGAAUGAGCGCUUGGAGAAGAUUAUCCUCGGGUCUGACUUUAGUGACCUGAGUGGUAUUCCAGAAAUGGUGAUGAAACUGCAGGACCGCAUCAGGCAGAUGGAAGAAAUCAAGUCGCAUUUCCAGAUUUACUCCCUGCAUUUGGACAAGAAAGGAUGGGAAGAUCGCUUGGCCCUGGAGCGUGACCUGGCAGCCUCCGAGGAUGAGCUUUUCUUCAUGAUGAAAGCCAUCAUGAGUUCACAGAGAAGACUCGAAAAGAACAAUACACGCUCUGACGCACUGUUGAAAUGGAGCAUCUCCGUGAGAGAUAUUGUCUGGCACCUCAUGCAGGAUUCGAACGAGCCGCUGGUUGAGCUUCAACUUAAGAAUUUAGAGUACGACCGCACCGAUCAUUCGGAUGGCUCCCACAUGAAUCUGGUUCGUGUUGGAAAGUUGCUUGGCCUGAACCUUUUGCCGGACGCAACAUACCCGGAGAUAAUAACUCCAUAUCACGAAGGCGAGAGGCCAGGUACUCGAUAUGGCGACGGCGAUUCUGACAUGAUUCGGGUCUACUGGUACAUGUUAGAGGCCAUAGCAGGUAUCCCCGUUAUGGACCAGUUCGAGAUAGAGCUAUUUCCUAUCAAGAUCCAGCUGGAACGUGAAGUCGGCAAACGUCUUUUCGAAUACAUCUUCCCUGUUCGGCGCGAUUCAAACGAGGCGGAUGAAGAAGGAAACGAGUCUCCCAAGAGCACAAUCAGCAGGACGGGCACCUCACGAACACUGGGCAAGAAGUCUUCGAUUGAGUCUAUGCGACCGUUGACGGCGACUCCACGACCUGGCGUUAUUGGUCGGUCUUCAACUGGAUUCUCGUCCAGAGACAGCCGGGAUUCGGAUUCAAAGAAGUCGACACGUUUCGGCUUACGAAGCAGGCAUAACACUGAGGACAAGCAAAUGUCUGAUGAUCUCACCAAGAUGAUUGAGCGAGCCAACAACUACAUAACGUUUGCGCAUAUCAAGAUACCCUCUGUUGUGCUGUGUCUCAGCUACAAGGGCAAAGACCAACGCAACUUUGAAGACGUUCACAACUUUGUGUUCCGCCUUCCUCUCAUUGAGUGGCAGAACAAGACUUGGUCAAACUUGGAUCUCGCUUUGGCGCUGAAAAAGGCCGUUGUGAGAGCUCUCAUUUCUCAUACAGGUGCCAUUAUUGGAAACAAGUUCUCAAAGCACAAGCCCAAUGCGGAGCAGCGUAAUAGGCUAAGAGAACUUGCGAGCAGCUCUGCUCUUAUUUCACCAAUGUCCUCUAGCCUGUCUCAGAAUUACACGCCCAGCAUACACGACAGCGAUGACUCGGCAAGUAUGUACGGUACGUCCCCGAUAGACUACUCACGCUCGCCUCCACGAUCUACUCGCAGCAGCAUUCGCAGUGGCAUUCCGGCUCCGCGAUCUGCAAGUCGCAGCAGUAGCAUUACUAGCAGCAGGUCUCAUUUGACAACCGGCUCUGCUCAAAAUAUCCCCCAGGUCCCAUCGUACCUGACAAUGACGCCCCCAACGCCAGUAGACGCUACUAGCAGAGGUGAUGGCCACAGCAGCCUAGCCAUUGAGCUUCUCAGGCCGUCUUCCAGCCAGGGAUUAGGAUCGCACCGCCAUGCUAUGAGGACCUUGUCAGGCGGCAGUGAAUCAAGGCCCUCUACCAGCGCUGGACAUCUCGACAAAAAGAAUCCUGGUCCCACCAGUGUCAGCAGCGGAGGGUUUGGUCUGAGGGACAAGCUUACUGCUCUCACGCAGAGGAUGAGCCACCGAGAACAACCUGCUGUAGUGCAGACUGACGAGCCUGAGGAAAUGAACGAGGAAGAAGCUGCUGCUUCUCCAACAAUGGCAGAACACAUGCAUCAUGAAGCACUGAGAAAUAAGAGGCUAAGUUGGUCUCAGUCACGAUCCAAGACGACUGGUUGA